GCCACCAGUCGGCCUCGGUUUGAAAUCGUGAAGAAGCAGCCAUGUUGUCCCGAGCGGUUCCAGUUUUCACGCCACAAUGUGUCCAAGUUCGCAACAUGGCAACUUUAAAAGACAUCCAUAUGAGGUUAAAAUCUGUGACAAAUAUUCGUAAAAUCACAAAAACCAUGAAGAUGGUGUCAGCUGCUAAAUACAACAAGGCUGAGAGAGAACUGAAGGCUGCACGGCCAUACGGAGCUGGCGCUAGAUCAUUUUUUGAGAAAGCAGAAGUCACACAAGACGAGAGUAAACCAAACUUUCUCAUGUUGGCCUUGACAUCAGAUAGAGGGCUCUGUGGUGGUGUACAUUCUUCUAUUUCCAAAUCUAUCAGAAAUAAAGCAACAGAUGAACUUAAAGACAAAAAUGUAGGAAUCAUCUGCGUUGGGGACAAAUCAAGACAAAUUAUAUCUAGAACAUUAUCUAAAAGCAUGUUGAUGCAUUUUGUUGACAUUGGUAAGAAGCCUCCAGUAUUUGCUGAUGCAUCCCUGAUAGCUAAUAACAUCCUUCAGUCUGACUUCGAAUAUGACUGUGCUGAGAUGGUCUACAACAGAUUCAAGACUGUAAUGUCAUAUCAGACAACACAUCUGCCACUGUUCAACCAAGCAUCCAUAUCUGGUGCAGAGAAACUUAGUCUCUAUGACAGCUUGGAUGAUUCAGUUCUACAAAGCUAUAACGAGUUUGCACUGGCCAGCAUCAUCUAUAUGGGACUGAAGGAGGGUGCCUGCAGUGAACAGAGCUCAAGAAUGACUGCUAUGGACGGAGCAACUAAGAAUGCAGGUGAGAUGAUAGAGAAGCUACAGCUCACAUACAACAGAACCAGACAGGCUGUCAUCACUAGGGAACUUAUCGAGAUCAUCUCAGGAGCUGCUGCCCUUAAGAAGGCAGAUUAACCCUCCAAGUGUUUAGUCAAUUUAUUUAAUUGGUUUCAAUCUACAAAUACAAUCUAAACAUGUGUCCCCACUACAAUGUUGCCAAACUAAAUACAAUUAUUGGAACUUUUGUGAAUAUUAUUGACAGAUUUAUUAAUUUAUUCAGUGAACAAAGCAGACAUUGAUUCACAGUGAUUGACAAAAAUGAUGCACAUAGGGAACCGUGAUGAUUUAUCCAAUGUGGGUUUACUGUAGAGUUUAUACCAGUGUGCCCUAUUUGAGUGUUAGUGGUUAGAACACUGCCAAAUUUGUAUAGUGAGCUAUGUAUGCAAAUACAGUUAAACAUUUUAAAA